AUGUCCGAAGCAAACAGCAUCUCCGGAAACUACUUUGACGCCGAUAAAGGCGAGUGGGUAAAGCGCCCGGCGCGCGAGCCUCCCUUCGUGCUCUACUUCGGUCUUCCAUUGGUUGAUCGCUGGCUCAAUGAGAACGACGUAGCCAAGCUCGCGGACAAGUACAAACUCGGGGGCAAUGUAGACAAGGUUGCCACCGGGAAGAACUUCACUGUUGGACAAUGGGGCGUCGAUGACAGCAACCGCGAUUUCGACAUCGGAGGAGAAAUGCAGAUCGCCGCCCAAGCCACUGCCGGCUCUGUUGCCGUGUUUGGGGCUCUGGGAGGUGACCAAGCAGGAGACAUGUGCCUGGAGGCCAUGAAGGAUGGGGGCAUCAAAAGUCUGUACAUGGUUUUGUCAGGGGAAGGGGAAUUGGGCACCGGGUUCCGCCUUAUCUAUGACUCGACCGACUCCUCUACUGGCCUGGCCACGAGUUGUCGCUACACCGUCCCUCGCGCAGGCGCACAUGUCAAGCCCUCCAACCUCAAGAUGGCAAAUAUCGAAGCUGCCGUCGCCAAGACCACCUGGCUGUACCUCGACAGCGGGAGCCUGUACGCAAGCUCGGACACCGCCGUAGCUCUUGCCGAGCGCAUCACCAAUGACGGCAUGCACGUCGUGUUCAAUCUGUCCCUCGCCGACACCACUCAGGAGCAAGACUUCGGUGUUUUCCGACUGGUUCAGAUGGCUGACGUUAUUAUCCUGAACGAGGAGACGGCCAAACGCUGCGACGAGAAUCAUCGUGGAACUGGGAACCGCGACUGGCUGAAGGGUGCAACAACCAUUUCUGAGACCCCGCCACUCGGCCCUGAGAAGAACGAGAAGUACAAGCCGGACGUUGUUAAAUGGGUGGUGGUGACUCGGGGAGACAAGGACAUUACUAUUAUAGAAGGACAUCCCAACAACAAAAGCAAGGCCAAGGUCUCCAGCGUCAAGGUCAAACCUGUUGAACCGUCCGAGGGCAGCCACAGUCGAGGAGUUGGAGACAUCUUCGCUGGAGGUCUCGUCGGCGGCCUUGCGGAGGGCCAAUCCGUUGAAGAUGCGGUCUCGACCGGCAUUAAGCUGGCUGCGUACAGCUUGACACAGGAGGGUCCCCAGCUGCCUGCUCAGAGUUCCUAG